AUGAAAGUUCUUACUAGGGAUUUACCUAACUCAUUUAGUGAAUUUGCAUUUGGAUGGUAUCAAAAAUCUCAAAACGAGACUUGCUUCUCCAAUACCACAAAAAAAGAGAAACAAAAAAACUUUGAUGAAAAUUCCAAUAUAACCCACUCAAUACACUCAGAGCUAGAAAACCAGAAUCCUCAAACUAAAAAAAACAGCAUAUGGGCCGUUUUAAGCUCUGGAGCUGGAUUAUUUUCAGAUGGAUACAUUAAUAAUUCUAUGAGCACUACAUCCACCUGUUUAGCAUUGUUAUAUAAUGAGAAAUAUACAAACUCUAGUGCCAUGAACAACGUUGCAUCAAUAGUGUUUGCGGGCACAGUUCUUGGUCAAUUAAUCUUUGGUUAUAUUUCCGAUAAAGUCUCAAGAAAAUCUGGUAUGCUAAUGGCAUCUGCAGGUUUAACUGUUUUUUCUAUUUUGUGCUCAGCAUCUUGGGGAAAAAAUAAGAAUGAUGUUCAUGGUAUGCUUAUUGCUUUGACAGUUUAUCGUUUUAUUCUCGGGUUUUUUUUAGGUGCUGAGUAUCCAUGUGGCUCGGUUAGUGCAGCAGAAGCAUCUAGCUGUUUACCUAGAAGACACAGAAACAGAUAUUUUUGCAUGUUCACAAACUUUUGUAUUGAUUGUGGAUUUUUGACUGCCUCAAUUGUUCCCAUGAUACUUUUAUCUAUUUUUACGCCUAAUAACUUAACACCUGUUUGGAGAAUAACUCUUGGUUUUGGUGCAAUUCCACCAUUGGCAUUAUUUUUUAUGAGAGUCAAUUUUAAUGAUGAUGAAUCAUUUCAAAAAUUGAGGUUCAAAAAAACCUCUAUUCCGUAUUUUUUGUUCAUUAAAUUUUACUGGUUCAGAUUAUUUAUCGUUAGUUUAGUUUGGUUUAUUUAUAAUUUUAGUGUUUAUGCAUUUGGUAUCUAUGCUACUUUUAUAAUCCAUAAAAUUACUUCGGAUGGUAAUUUAUAUAAAACAUUUGGCUUCAACAUUUUGCUUAAUUUUUUUUAUAUUUUAGGUUCUUUUCCAGGGUGUUUUGUUUCUGAUUAUCUUGGACCAAGAUUAACUUUGGUUCUUGGUGCCUUUCUACAAUCUAUAAUUGGCUAUAUCAUGGCUAGCUGUUAUGCAAGUCUUCUUAAAAAUAUUGGCGCUUUUGUUUUUGUUUAUGGUAUGUUUUUAGCAUUUGGUGAAUUUGGCCCUGGCAAUAAUAUUGGAUUAUUAGCUUCAAAAACUUCAGCUGCAGGUAUAAGAGGAACCUACUAUUCAAUUGCUGCAGCAAUGGGAAAAGUAGGAGCUUUUGUUGGCACAUAUACCUUUUCAAUUAUUGUUAAAAAUGCUGGAGGGUAUGAUACAGUCAGUGGAUUACAGGCCCCCUAUUGGGUUGCUUCUUCAUUAUGUCUAGUUUCAGCUAUUCUAAUUCUUUUCUUUUUGCCUUCUGUUGAUCCAGAUGUAAUGAAAGAAGAGGAUAAAAAUUUCUUGGAAUAUUUGAAAGCUAGCGGUUUUGAGAUUAAUCUAUUAGGAGCAGAUAGAAAAGAGGAAAAGCCAUAA